AUGCAAACAGAGAUACCGGUACUUUCGUUCAUUUCCGCGGCACUGGUUCUCUUUCCAUUGCCUUGGUAUUGUCGGGCCGGUAACAUCGCUGCAAUGUCUAUUGGAAUUUGGCUCUUUGUUGUGAACAUGAUCAAUGCUAUAGAUGCCCUCCAGUGGACUGGGGCCUACCAAAUACCAUCCUUAUUCUGGUGUGACAUCACUUCAGCGCUGAUAACAGCCGUAAAUGUAGCAAUACCCGCGGCAUGCCUCUGUAUUUGCAUUCACCUGGAACGGAUGGCGUCUUUCUGUCAAACAUCCACCUCUGUAACAAAGCGACGCCGUAUCUUACUUGAAUGUUCAAUAUGUUUCGGAGUUCCAUUAGUAUAUGCAGCAUUGCAUCUAAUUGUUCAACCCCGACGCUUUGAUGUGUAUGAAAAUUUUGGAUGUCGCUCGGCGACAUAUCCCUCUGUGAUAGCUUUGUUUGUGGUCUGGAUACCGCCGCUUGCACUUUCUCUUCUUACUAUAUUUUUUUUCUUUGCAGGAAUUACUUGGCGCCACUUCCUCCUUCAUGGCGUCCAUUUUUCGAGGACACGCGCAUCUUCCUCGCUUACUUCUGGAGCCUACAUUCGGCUCGUCAGCAUGGCCGUUUCAGAAGUCAUCUGCACUAUUGCCGCGACUGUAGUGGCCAUGACAUUCAAUCUAAGCUCAGGGCUGGCUCCUUGGGCGGACUUCACCCGAGAUUUGACAAAGGUCUUAUCAUUUAGCUCCGCUGAGACACCUAAAUCAAUCACUGCGAUGCUCAUCACUGAAUGGGCGAUCAUGGUCGCGCAAUCAUUCUUCUUCAUCGGAUUGUUUGUGCUUGGGGGGGAGGGGCGCAGUCGAUUACAUGAGGCUCUACAGGUGAUGCGCAGGGCCCUCAGUUUCAGUGGGGGACGAUUGACCUGUAUCGCCGAACUCAACGGUACGUCUAUGACGGAAUGGUAUGUUCCUUUGUGCCACUAG